AUGAUGAUGAUGAUGAUUCAGAGCUGGCAUUUACGAUGGUUGAACGAUGAAUGGCUUCUCCAUUUGUGUCCUCUCUUUUUCUUCCUGACAGUGGCUGCCAUCAUACUCUUCUUCACAAUACAAACCCCGCACAACAUACCUCUGACGGAAGUCAUCGGCCCAACAUGGCUCAUGCUGCUCCUUGGAACGGUGCACUGCCAGAUUGUCUCCACAAGAACCCCCAAAUCCUCCACAAAUACCGGCGGGAGAAGAAGGAGGAAAUUACGGAAAGCCGCCCACUUGGAAGUGCAUCGCGAAGGGGACGGCUCCAGCACGACCGAUAACACCCAAGAAGGGGCCGUCCAGAGUUAUGGUACCAGCACCUCUUCUAGUCUUGGCGCUGUCUUCAAGGAACUUUGGCACGCGACUUUCUUUUUAUCAGG